UACACAUUAUAGUAUACUGAGAAAAGCACUGUUGUGACUGAAUGAUUGCGGGCGUGUGUAGCUUACAAGAUGCUGCUUUGUAGCUUCAGUGUAGAGAUGUGCAACCAUCAUCCCUUUGGCACGUUUGUACACUAGAACGCACCUCUCUCUAUGGAUUCUGGGAGCUGUAGUGCUGUAUAAAAAUCACUGCGUUACUAGCUUUACGGUUAAAGAUGAAAUGAAAGCCCCCCCAAUGCCAGUUCGGGCAUCCCUGUUCAAUGUACCGAGUGAAAGGGUGGGACCGAAACAGAAUAGAUUAGGUUUGGUGGUGUCCAUUUAAACUGUAAAGAGAAGCAGCUCAUGAUGAAUUGACCAACCAGGGCAGGAUGUGAGCAACAAAGCGUGGAGUAAUUUUCUUUGUGCACAAAUAUUGUGUACCUUUAUAGGAGGAUAAAAAUGAUGGCACACAAACCGAUGAAAGAGGCUUUCCUGAUGGGCUAAAGUGAAAAUCUGUUGCAACAUGGACGGUAUAAAUUUUAGAAUAAAUACCUAUUUGCCCUCACUUUAGAUACUGAUAAGCCUCAGGCUUUUUGGUAUCUCAUCCAGAUGAACAUUCUUGUGUGCUUGACUAGUUUUGGAAGUUUGGGCUCAUAGUAGCUCCUUCCUCCCGCUACUGCUGAAGGGUGGAGGUCCAUGCUGUGGAAAGGUGGAACACAUUUUCAGGGCCCUCUAACACGGACCCCUUCAUGGCUAACGUCAGAAUGAGGUGCACCCUACGAGUAUGGAUACUAACUACCUCCAUCUUCCUCUUUAUCAUGUCCCUGCUCUUCACAUACUCUCACAAUGGCACAGAUGGCCCAGCCUAUCCUGAGCUAACUGGCUGGGCAUCUGCUGAUGGGCACCCAGUAAGGCUUAUCCCAGGCUAUCCUGGAGUAAGACACCGGCCCCCACCUCCUCGUCUACCUAAAACUUGCUCAUGCAGACAGUGUUUGCGGCAACCUGGAUUCUCCGCAUGGUUUGACAGUCAUUAUGAUGCUUCUGUUUCGCCUGUGUGGACCUUGGAGAACAGAGAGCUGUCUCCAGAUGUCCUGCACUGGUGGAUGAUGCUGCAGCCACAAUUCAGAUCACAUAAUACUCCGGAGAUCCUUUCUCAGUUGUUCCAAAUCAUCCCUGGUCAAAACCCCUACCAGCAACAAGACCCCCUAACUUGUCGACGUUGUGCAGUUGUUGGCAACUCUGGUAACUUGCGUGGCUCCAGCUAUGGAAAGGAUAUCGAUGGCCAUGAAUUUAUCAUGAGGAUGAACCAGGCACCCACAGUGGGGUUUGAGAUGGAUGUGGGAUCCCGAACUACUCAUCAUUUCAUGUACCCAGAAAGUGCCAAAAACCUGCCAGCCAAUGUUAGUUUUGUGCUUGUACCCUUCAAAGCACUAGACUUGCUCUGGAUCACAAGUGCUCUGUCUACUGGGCAAAUCCGUUUUACGUAUGCCCCGGUGAAGGCCUUCCUGCGCGUAGACAAGGAGAAGGUUCAGAUCUAUAAUCCAGCUUUCUUCAAAUACAUCCAUGAUCGCUGGACUGAACAUCAUGGGCGUUAUCCUUCUACUGGCAUGCUGGUCCUUUUCUUUGCUCUCCAUGUCUGUGAUGAGGUGAAUGUUUUUGGCUUCGGAGCAGACAGCCGUGGGAACUGGCAUCACUACUGGGAAAACAAUCGUUAUGCAGGAGAAUUUCGCAAAACUGGGGUGCAUGAUGCAGAUUUUGAGGCCCAGAUUAUUGACAAUCUUGCUAAAGAGGGCAAAAUCAAGGUUUACCGCAGCACAUGAGGUUCUGCUGCCUAUUUCUGUCCCAUUUUUGUAAACUAACAAAGGGGUGAAAAAGCCCAUGGAACUCAUAAUCAAGAUUUUGUGAUCUGAUGGACACAAUGACAUUUGGUGACCUUGUGAGUCAGUCAUUCAUUUACAAGGUCUCAUGAUGUACUUUAAAACAUUGCAGCAAAUAUUGUAUCUUGCUGCCAAAUUUCUCAAGAUACGUAUUUUUAGGGAUAAAAUCAACUUGGUAUUUACUUUUCUUUACAUCAGGAGAGUCUUUUAGUGAAAGGUGGCACAUUGGUCUUUUAUUAAUUACCUGUUUGUUGCAUCCCCUAAUAAUUAGCACUUUGUAAAUGUGCAACAAUCUCAAACAGAGGAGAUUAUGAUGCCCAUAGUAUUAAAAUUUGCGGCCUUACCAAUCAUAUGCUUUUGCCUUAGAGUGCUGUUGUAUCUCGGUCAAUCAGGCAUUAAAGCUGGGAUCCCUUUUGCCAAAAGAAAUUAAAUAUAUUUCUCAGUCAGCUGCUGCUUAGAUUGAAUUGUUCAGUCCUACCAAGAGCAAACUGGUUUAUACUUUCUUUUGCAGUCACACAAUCUUUUUGCUACCACAUCAGCACACAGCAUCUCAUAUUAGCGCUUUACAAUCUAGUUUUUUUGUAUUUAUUUUUACAAUACUGAAAGUUGGAAUGUCAUGCAGGAAUUGUAUCAUUUUUGUUCCUGUGAUAUAUGGAUACCUCUGUCGACUAAUCAUGUUUGUGUAAUUUUGCUUACUGUAAUUUGUGGUCAGAUCCUGUGCAGUGAAUAGCUGGUCAGGUAACAUGCCUACCAUUUUGUAUAAAUCUAUAUUUACCAUUUUAAAUAUCUCAAGAUAUAGGAGGGUUGUGCAAACCGUUGGUUUUGUUUUUUUAAUACGGUUUCAAAAAUUUCUUGUGGGCAAUCAGGGCUUGACAGCUCCAAGACUUUCGGAUGAUCUUUUUGCAAAGAUUACACUGCUCAGCACUAAACAGUUACCAAUUCUAUGGGGCAUAUUUAUGAAAGUGUGAAAUUAGAGCAUGCCACAGUUCCCCUAGAGUGAAAUUCAGCCACACUAUUGAUUUCUUUGGGGUUUUUUGUUGCAUAUUUAUCAUAUUUAUUUUUUUGCAUAAUUAUCAAAAGUUCACCUGUUGAUAAAUACUAUUUUUAGAGUAGAAACUUUAGAGCUUGCGACAGUUCCCAAGAGUAAUUUCACACUUAUAAAGAAUGCCCCUUUGUAACUCUAUAUUGGGAUUGUGGCUGAGCAGGGGCGAUUCUAGGACAAGCACCAACUUGAGGCGGCUCCCGUAAUGCCACUCCCCCUCUAUUACAUUUGCAGCGCCAGGGGGGGUUCCGGGGGCUGCAUGGUUAGUGCUGAAAGUGCAAUUGCACUCUAUACACUAGAAGUGCCAAGUUUCUGGUGCAAUAACUAGAAAAUGUGGCUCUUAAUGUUACCAGGAGCGGCUUCUUGCCUCCCCUGGUAACUUCUGGAGUGUUGUUGCGUGAGGUGAGUUUCUUAACGCCUCAUGGCCGCAGAGCCCCUAUGGCCGAGAAUAUUUUGUCUUAAUGACAUGAAGUUAUUCUUACGCGAGUAUGUAGUCAUAUUAAUAUAAUAUACAAUAUAUUAUACAAUAUGUGUAUGUUUGUGGGGUAUGGCUUUUCUUUUUGAAAAAUGUUUUUUAGGCGGGAAAUGUAUUUUAGGGCUUGGGCUUUUCUCAGCCUGAAAAAAACGCAGGUUAAGAGCAGUGGAGCCAACACUCCAGGUGCCCGGGCCCUUAAACUUAGCUUGUUGUUUCCUUUUCAGGAGCCCAUGGCCAGUAGCAAGAUACAUAAGGAAGGAAUAGCCCUUUCCUAGUGCCUACCAGUGUCACUACAGUGUUACCUAUUAGUGUAGCUUACUUUUAAGGGUUGCUAAAGUUGUAAGUCAAGUUGGCCUAUUUUGAAAGUUCAGUAACUUAACCCAUCUACACUAGGGGCUUUAAAUCCAUUUACAAAAAAUGGUUUCUUUUGCAUGCUGCAUUUGUGCCCCCUUUGUGGGAGGCGAGUAAAGAUAAUUCUACCCAUGUUCCUGUGUUAAAUUUUAUGGAGUUCUGGCUAAGAAAACAAUGACCAUCCUACCCUUCCUUACUUUUGUGUUCUCAAUCCCCUUACAAGCUUUGUAUUGUAAUUGUAAAACAUUCUUAAAAAAAAAAAAAAGUACAAGAUCUCUAGAUUUGACAUUGGGCCUAGACUGCAGAUGUUAAGGGUAGUACCACAUAUCAUUACAUAAAGCCACCCAGUAGAAAAUUAUAGCAUCUGCCCCAUCUAAGCAAUUAGAUGUCAUUCUAGCAGAUAUGUCUGGAAGCAGGGACUGAGGCCACUGGGCAGAUGGAAGUCACCAGUGAUUUCCCACUAAGCUCUAACACUCUCUCUCUAUACAGGCACAUUUUGCACAUAUCUUGUAUCCAUGGACAUUAAAGUCGAACAAUACCAAACAAGAAAUCCCAAGGUUCAACAUGAGAACUAUGCAUUUCUUCACAAGUUUGAUGUAAACAUCGUAGUAAUCCAUUCCAAAAUUAGAAAAAUACCCAAAAUAUCAAAAAAAACCAAAACCCUCAAACAAAACUAUCUCCACCUCGGGAUAUUGCAUUGAAUGGGUGUGAGAAUAGUGCAAGAUUUGCCUCUUUACUAAAUAACCCCUUCUAACCCACAGUCUGUACCCACUAUCCAUGUUUCCAGGAUGUCCAUUAAAUUAAUUUCCUGACCAUACAAACUGGUUUGAUAAGCUGUUAUGUCAUCUUUCUGUGUUAUUUAAAGGGGUUGUUCACCUUAAAGUUAACAUUUAGUAUUUUAUAGAAUGGGAAACUUAGCAACUUUUCCAUUCAUCUUCAUUUUUUUAUAGUUUUUGAAUUAUUUGUGUUCUGUCUUUCUAUUGAGACCCUCUCCUAAUCAUAUUCCAGUUUCUCAUUCAAACCACUGCCUGGUUGUUAGAGUGAUUUAAAUCCUAGCAACCAGAUUGCUGCUAAAAUUCCAAACUGGAAAGCUGCGGAAGAAAAAGCUAAAUAAUUUAAGAACCACGACAAAUGAAGACCAAUUACAAAUUAUACUAUAUUAUACUAUCUUUUAGUUAUUGUCUGAAUAUUAGAGACCUAUUAAAUCCACCGUAUUUGCAUUUGGAGGACUACCACACAUAGAAAAAUGCAGGUCAAUAACAAACAAUACCAGUCAAAAAAAAAAAAAGAAUCUCUGAAUAAAAGACUGAGAGAAAAGCUACUGGGAUUUGCCCCAAUCCCAAAUCAAAUCCUCAAAGUGUUGCAUGCCUAGAAAAUACAAAUAAACCAUCAUAACAGCAUAAUUUCUAUGCCAGUUCAUGGCCACCCAUAAAAUUUCACUGCAGAGCCAUAGCUUGGAUCACACAGAAUAAAAUACUGGUUUCUGUUGUACUGCUGAACCACCACAAAUUUGGACAAAUUAAAGACAAGAAUAAAUAGUCUGAAAAAAAUUUAGAAUUUACAAUUGGUCAAAUGGUACAAAUCUUCAUACUAUGAAGAUUUGUACCAUUUGACCAAUAGUAACUAUGUUGUAUUUCAGUUACAAUGCAAUCAGUUCUGUUUACUCAUGGUAGUGUAGGGUGUAGGUUUCUACCGUAUCUGUCAGCAUAUGGUUUGAGAAUGGAUGUUGAUAGAAUACAUAACCGCUUCUUGCUAUGGAAUGAUACCAAGAUGGGUGUUUGGGAAACAUAUUGUGCAGUGCUCUUUGGCUUACUUUAAAAACAAGUGGAGAUUUACAAGUAUAAUAACCAUAAAUAACCAAUCUCUUCAGAUUUCUCAAUCGCUUUCUUCCAGCAUCCAAAUUCCUCCUUGCAAUUUGCAUCUGGAAUGAAUGACUUGGAUGAAUGCUAGAGCUCAGUGCUGCUAUCUAGUUGGCUACUAGGAGAGGUCAGCAGCAUGCUUCAGUACACUACUACUGGUAGUGGCAUAUUGGUAAAUCUGCUCCUGUCUUGAACAACACUGGCAGAGGAAAGAAUAAAGUAUAAGUAGAACUAUACUGAUAGUAAUUGUUUAUGUAGUCUACAAAUAUAUACAUUUUUGCACUCUAAUUGUCAAGAAGGCAAAAGCUAUAGUAUUAAAGUAGAAAGCAUGUGCCACAAUGAAAAUCACCACUUCCUUCUCUUAACUGUUAUAGCACAUAAGCAGCCAGAUGGCCCAGCUGGCCAUAGUUAUACUGCACCACCCGAAUAAGCCUUGUUAUGCUUUUCUGUCUUACCCAGGUAUAUCUAAUGAUGACAAUCUGACACAAGCUCACAGAUUCCCAGUGCCUGGUAACUGAAUGUAACUUUAUCACUUUGGCUGCUAGAGUCACUAAUAGGAGAUUUGCUAUUAACAUAACAAUUGUGCAGUUGUAAAUAUUUCUGUUCAUAUUUGCUUCACUGUUUGUAUCUGUAUUUCCCCUACGGGGGAAGUUUGACUUUGAAUUAACUUUAAGUAUGUUAUAGAUAGCAAUAUUUCAGUCUAUCUUCAUUUGUGGUAUUUGAUUUCUAUUCUGCUUGAUUGCAGUUUAAAAUGAAUAUCUGGUGGUCAGGGUCACUGAUCUCGGCAACCAAAAUACUCGUCCCGUAAGGCUACUUCCUGGAUUCUGACCACUGCAUGGUUGCAAGAUACGUGGGACACUAGCAACCAGAUAGCAUUUCAGAAAAAAAGACUAAUGGCACAAUAUCAUUGCUUGCAUCAUACUAAAAGUUCAUUGGUAGCAUUACCCCUUAUAGACAAAAGUAUAUGAAUUAGAGAAACUAGAAAUGAUCUCUCAUAACAUAUUGCUGUGAAUAUGGCACUUUGUAGAUAACCCACUAGUUAGUGAAAUCCGGUACCAAAAAAACGGUAAAACACAAUGGCAUACCUGUUGUAAUGAAUAUUUGUACAAUAAUGCAUUUUAGAAAAACUAGGGGGCGUUUUUUUUUAUCCAGAUAUGAAUAGAAUCACGGAUUUGCUUGCAUUUUCCCUUAUUUGACUUUUUGUAUUCUUUCAUAACUAGGCUGUAAGAUUUCUCAUAGCACUAGGUAUUCUGUAAAUUCAACUGUGAAAUAUUGCCCUAAAUAACUUUAAGGGAAUUUGGGGACAAAUUGUAAUUUUUUGUUUCUUUAAUAAGAAAAUAAUGGCAAGCAUUCUGUGCCCUACUCUUUGCUUAAAUUCUUGUACCAUAUCCAAAAUCCCCUUUGCUGCUUCUUUGUUGACUCCCACCAUUUUCUUAUUUUUUGGCGGGCUUUAUCAGUAUUAUUUACUGUGCACUUUUUUUUUUAUUAUGACUGUAAUUUUUGCUUUUGCUGUGGGAGGAGAAGUACUGUUUGAAGUAAUAAAAGCUUUACUUGUA